AUGUUUGGCUCAAGUUCCACAGCAUCAAGCAGUACAGGUGGUUUACCGCCAGCAUCUGAGCUUCUUUCACCACCAACAAACGGAAGCUCAUUCAAUCGAAAUGCGGCACCAACAUCUCCACAAAUGGCGCCACCAUCGCCGUACAUUGGUACACCUGGACCGUAUCAUAGCUUGACUGAGCCGGGAACGCCGGCGUUUUUGAAUCCGGCUUCUGUGGGAGAACAGGCGGCUUCACCGAGUUAUGAAUCGAUGAGUCCGGCGAGUUUUAACAAUCAUUCCGGGGGUUCGACGAAGCCAUCGACUCCUAUGGGUAGUGAAGCUAGUCCAGCGCCGUAUAAUCAAUAUCCGAAUGUUCAGUACUAUCCAGUAAGUUGGUUUCAGAUGCUGAUAGGGUAUAUGAAGCUUUUAUUUUAUAUAAGGUUCUAUCUUGAACCUUAGUUUAGCCAAAUACUUGAUAUUAUGAUCGGUAUAAGGUUAAUACCUGGUAUAACAUCUUAAUAUCUAAAUUUUAACUGUCUAUAUAGCUAAAUCUUUUUAUUUCAGCCGCAAUACUCAUCAGGGCGACUACCACCAGCUGAAUCAUUGCCUCCGGCUUCGAAUUAUCCUCCAAGGCAGCUGAAUUAUCAAAAGAAGCCGUAAGUGUAAUAUCUGUUAUAUUAUUGUACUUUUAGGGGAAAUGACAGCACAUUAAGACAACAAUUGUCAAGACCAGUGAUUAAACCUAUUGAUAAACGGAGACAUACGAUGUAGGUGCUUUAAAUCGCUAUUUUUUUAGGGUAAAGGGGAUUUGUGGGAAAUAUGUUAUUUUAGGUAACAAAUUGCGCGUUUUUAAAGGAAAAGCGGUAUUUUAGCAAAUUCUCGGAUAUUUUUAUAUAAAAAUACUUUUUUUCAGCUCAACCCAACGCCCAUUACCACCUCUAGCUCAACCCCAAUCUGUCCCACCCCCAACCGACCAUCAACCAUAUUACCCAUCAGGUGGACCAAAGUCAGUACCAAACAAUUUCGACCCAGAUCAACCGGAAUUCCGACAAGAAUUUGCUGACGAGUACGAAGGUCAGAAUGAAUUUGAUCAGUAUUUAUCACCAGCACCAUUCUAUCCAGAAUCACCCAUGCCUGAGGGCAGUUAUCAACAGCUGGAGACAUACCCGGCUGAAGGUUAUAGCGAGUACCAGGACUACCCACAAGACCAGUUCUACGACCCUCAGGGCAAUUAUAUUGGUAGUGAAAUGGGCUAUGUCAAUUCGGGUGGGUGUUUUGAAAAUUUUUGAAAUUUUGAAUAAAAAAUUGAAAUUUUCAAAAAAAUUUUAAAUUAUGUUAACUCAGCCUCAUUUCCCCAAUUCCAGCCCCUCCAUACGACCCCACCUACCCCAGAGGACCACAACAGGUGAUAUACCACUCGACCGGCCCAAAUGGUCAACCUCAUACUGUAGUGCACACCAUGGUGGAUCCACAAAACUAUGAAAAGCCACCCGAACCAAAGCCAGCACCAAAAAAGAGCAAAAAGAAGACUGAACCACCGAAUGGAGAGCCAAAACCCAAGCCCAAGAGGGUCAGGAAGAGUGCUGCACAGCUUAGGGUGGGUUUAGAUCUUUUUUUGGUUUUAGGUAAUAUUUGAGGUUUUUAUGUCAUUUUUUAAGAUUUUAGGUAACAUUUUGGGAUUUUAGGUAACACUUUGGCAAUUUAGGUAUUAUUUUGGGAUUUUAGUUAACAUUUUGGUAUUUUAGGUAUUAUUUUGUGAUUUUAGGUAACAUUCGGAGAUUCUGGGUAACAAUUUAGUAUUUUAUUUGAUAUUUUGGCAUUUUAGAUAACUUUUUGAUAAUAGAGGUAACAUUUUACGAUUUUAGAUAAAAUUUUGGGAUUUUAGUUAACAUUUUGAUAUUUUAGGUAACAUUUUAUUAUUUUAGGUAACAAGUUGGUAUUUUAGGUAACAUUUUGGUUUUUUAGGUAGCAUUUUGAUAUUUUAGGUAGCUUUUUGGUAUUUUAGGCAACAUUUUGCUUUUUAGGUAAUAUUUUAGAUUUUCAUACAAUAUUACUGUGUUCUAGGUAAUAUAUUUUGUUUUUUUUACAAUUUGUAGAAUUUUUGAUACUUAAACGUUAAUUUUUAACAAAUUUCAGGCCGAAAAAGCGGCGAAAGAAGCAGCGGCAAAGGAACAACAAGCUCAAGCCCCUAACCCAACAAGUCAGUUACUGUCAGCUCCAGGCGAACGAAUUCAAAUUCAUAAUGGCCAAAUCACUCGCCACAUGCCACUCCAACCGGAAGGUCAAGAAGUGUAUGGAACACAAGAGCUGGAAGCCGAAAACCUCGAUGAUUCGGCUAGUCUAAUGCCACCGCCAAAAGUCGACACCGCUCCAAGUGUUUUGGCCGCGAAAGCAGCGGCUGCUGGGCCAAGCUCAACUGGUAGUCCAGGCUAUGGUCAAGGAGGUCAGGGUCAACAAGUUUAUGGAAGUGAAAAGCUAGGAAAUGCGGCCCAAAGUAGGAGUUCAAAAGGUCAGGUUUAUGGUAAAGAAGGUCAAGGAUACAGUGGUCAACAAGUUCAUGGGAAUGGUCAAAGUGGCGGGCUAGGGCUGGCUAGGAGCGCUGAUGGUCAACAAGUUUAUAGAAGUGGUCAAGUGGCUAGCUUUGGUCAACAAGGUCAUGGUGGUCAAGGUCAUGGAGGUCAAAGAAGUUUGGAAACACAAAGAGAUAUUGCCUCCAACAGAAGCCACGAAGGUCAAAAAGUCUAUGGAGCAGGUCAACAAUCUUAUCACGGAUCAUCAAGUGGACCGGCUACACCGUCACUCAGCUACGCUUCCAAUCCAGGUACUCCCAACUUUUCCGGACCUCAUUCGGCUGGCUACAACGGCCCAAAUGGUGAUGGUCGAGAGGGAGUAAGAGUAGGUCAUAAUGGACCACACUCGGCUGGCUAUGCUGGUCCAGGCUCAGCUGGUCCAACUACGCCAGGCUCUGAUCCAGGCACGCCUGGAAACUAUGUAAACCAGGCUUCUGAGGCUGUACGAUCGACUUCUGGAGCUAGAGGUGACGGUAAUGUUAGGACAAAUGCUCAGAAUCAAGCUCAGGAAGCUAGAAGUCAAGGUCAUGAAGUUAGAAGUCAAGGUCAAGAACCCAGAAGCCUAAAUCAAGCUCAAGAUAUCAGAAGCCAAGGGCACGACACCAAAGUUCUACAAAAUUAUGGACCGCCAGGCUCAGUAUCAGCCCUACCAGCACGAAACACAGCCCCACUCACCAGUACAGUACGUCUAGGCCGACAAACUCAAGACACGUACUCGGUAGUACCAGUAGCCUACAGUGUACCCGCCGGAUCAGUACAAACUGGACCAACCUACGCCGGAGGGCAUAACGCACCAACGGCUGGCUCGGCUCAAGUUACUGGACCACAUGGCUCGGGGUAUCAUACUGUAUCGUCGGCCGAGGAUUAUGGAGCUCAUGGUGAAAAACGAGGCUACAGAGGUCAGGAUGAAGAGAGAGGAUACAGAGCUCAAGGUGAAGAGGGAGGAUACCGAGGUGAAGGUGGUGCCUAUGGAAAUACAGAUGAAGGCUACAGAGCUUCAGAAGACUACAAAGAAUCAUAUAAACCAUUGGUGCGACGAGUACUAGUACAACAAAAAGGCUCAGAACGACGCGUCUUGGAGUACGAUGUGGACCGUCACGGUGAAUAUCGUGUAGCCAGAGGUCAGGAAAGCAGAAUGAUCCAAGAUAGAGACGGUAAUGGCAGCGUGAGGAUUCAGAACCCAGCCAGAAGUCAGGGAAGUUAUAAUGGGGAAGGUAGAAAUGUUAGAGAGAAUUCUGGAGCACCUAGAAGCCUUAGAGACGAUAGAGAAGGUAGAGAUGACAGAGAAGCUAAUGGUGCACCAGCAGUACCAAGAUAUGUACCAGAUCAAAAAGCAGCAAGAGAAGAAGAGAAUGAUUAUAGAAUAGCCAGAGACAUACCACACGAACAUACGAUACCAUCAGUAAAUGGGCAAUACCUGGAGAUGAGAAGGCCAUCGAUUCAUCUACAAGAUCCCUACGAUGAUUUCGAUCCAGAAAACGACAAUUUCCUCGAAGACUACGAUGAAUACGGUACUCAGUACACCGAAGCAGACUACGGUAGUGGAGAGUACGAGCAGAAGGAAGAGAAAGGGAUUCAGAAAACUGAAGAGGGACAGUAUGGUACUGAGAAGAGGGAAUUUGGUGAUAAAGAGUACGGUAGAGAUGAAAAGGAGCAAAAAGAGUACGGUAGAGAAGAAGUAGAAGGUAGGGAUUACGAUAGAGAACGAUCAGGCUCACAAGAUUACGGUAGAGAAGGAGUAGAAGUCAGAGAGUACGGUAGAGAAGGCAAUGACCGUAGAGAGUACGGCAGAGACGAAAGAGAAGCCAGAGAGUACAAUAGAGAGGUAUCAGAAGCCAGAGAGUACGGUAGAGAACCAGGAGACAACAGAGCAUACGAUAGAGAAAGGUCAGCCUCACAAGACUACGGUAACUACAGUAAUCAGCGAGCCGAAGUCAGAGAGUAUGGUAACAUUAGAAACGAUAGAAGACCGUACGUGAUUCAGAAGGCAGACGGUAGGGAGUACGUGGUUCAGAAGUCAGACGGUCGAGAAUUUAUGAUUCAGAAGGAUUCAAGGGACAACACGAAGGCUGAUCCCAGAGAGUAUAUAGUACAGAAGGCCGACGGUAGAGAGUAUCUGGUUCAGAAGGCUGAUGGCAGAGAGUAUGUGAUCCAGAAGCCCGAUGGCAGAGAAUAUAUCAUCCAGAAGCCCGACUCCAAAGACUACAUGAUCCAAAAGUUCGAAGCUCGCGAGUACGGCUCGGAAGGCCGCAACUCCCAAUCCACCGGCACUCCCGGCUCCAUAACCCCAUCCUCAGCCCGAGACGAAGCCCACCUCAACGACGAAUUCUUCACCGAACCCGAGAAGAAACCCCCACCCAAGCGAAUUCGCACCGCCGCUCAUCGUGCCGAAGUUCAACGUCAAAAGUACCUAAAGCAAAGAGAAUUCGAAAUGAAACAAGCCCGGGAGAACCACCAAUACCUGGUCCGGUAUAUGCAGCUGAGGAAGAUGGUCAGAGCGUUGGUCUUCACGAAUACAGCCUUAUCGGAUGAGGUGUCAAGAGUAAAAACGCAGAUUGAUGUGGUCACGGAACAGAGGAAGUAAGGACGUUUUUGAUGAGUUUUGGGAUUUGAAAAAAAAGUUUUUAAAUUUUUUAAAAUAUAAGUUUUUUUUGAAUUUUUAAAAAUUUGAAAAAAAAUUGUUUGCUUGUGAUAGAAAACGGAAUAAAGGGUUGAUAGAGCUAAAAUUAAAAAAUGGCUGAAAAAGUGUUUAAAAUUAGCAUAAAAUGAAAAAAAAAUUAUUUUUUUUUUGAAAAAAUUAGGUUAUGGUAAAACUACUGUAACUUUUUGUUUUUUUGAUAUUUUAAAAUUUUGUUUUACAGCAGUGUUGACAGUAUCACAAGCUACGAAAGUAAAAACUUUAAAGACUUUAGCUGGGUUUUAAAAAAAGUUAUGGGUUAAAAAUGGCGAAAAUUCGAUUUUUUUGAAAAAAAUGGACUUUGGUAAUGGCGAAAAACUCUCUGUAACUUUUUGAUUUGACUAUAUUUUUAAAUUUCUUUUAACAGUAUUGUUGACAGUAUUACAGGCUAUGACAGUACAAAAUUUCAAUUUUUUAGCUGGUUUUUAAAAAAAAGUUAUGAUUAAAAAUGUCAAAAAUUCUAUUUUUUUGAAAAAAGUGGACUUUGUUAAUGGAAGACUCACGGUAACUUUUUUAUUUUUUCAUUUUUUAAAAUCCUUUAAAAGCUUUUUUAAAAUUAUGUACUAUUUUCAGAGUAAUAGCGAAAGAAGUUCGCCACUGCGAACGAAAACGCAUUCGCCGAAUGCAAACGCACGAACGGAAGGCCAAAGCCCUGAAGGCAAAGCUGGUAGCAGCCGAAGUGUCCGGUCUCCACAAUACACCGUACCAAAUGGAAGCGGAUUCAUCGACCAACAACUCGUAUGCAUCUUAUUUGGACACGAAAUACCAAGGCUAUAAACAGGAAAUGAUAAGUCCUGGAGGCAACUUCAAGCAGCAUGAUCAAUAUCGUGAAGGGUAUCAACGUGCCAAUGAAGGAUAUCAUAGAGGUGGUGAAGGUUAUCAUAGAGCAUCAGAACCUUAUCAUAAUGAAGCUUUCCGUCGCGGAUCUACUGGAAACGGUUUCAACUUUCAGUACGACGAGUACGACUAUCAAUAUCCAAGAAACGAAUUUAUGGAUGACGCAAUUUAUGGACGUUAUGACAGAUUUGAUAGACAACCUCAAGUCAAAUCGAAGGCAACCAAAGAUAAAGGCUUUCAAGAUGAUAAGAAGCAAGAACCAGCCAAGAAGCUGAAGAAGAAGCCCCAGCCAAGGAAACGCCCGAACCAAGAUCAACCGGUCGAUUUACCGCCUCAACCGAAAAAGAAACUCAAAAAACUUCAGCCUCUGAAGGUGGACACCACGCUAACACCAACAUACACCUCAAAAAGUCUCAUGUCACCACACGACCAAAUCUUCGUCUCUCCACACCGAAAUCGACCAGUCGAUCCAGACAGUCCACAAAAUUUGAAUAAUUGGCCGACUGAUCAGAUAUUCUUGUCCCCAACCGAACUGGAGCCAAGCCCCGAUGAGAAAGUACUCCAGAACUUCAUUCCCAUGGACGGAAAGAGCAGGGAAAAGGCGGAGACGGCAGAGAAAGAGCGAGAGAACGCGGAAAAGCGAGACGACACAGAGAAAAUCACGCCCGAAGGCGGGAGGACAAGGUUCUCGGCUAGGCUACAGCGGCAGCAUCAGGGGGGAGGUAAGAGAAUUUUUUUAUUUUUUGGGUGGAAGGGAUGGUAAAUGAAUUUUUUGUUAACAGGGGGUGGUUUUAGGGUAUGGGUGGAAUUUUUUGGGGGGGGGGGCGAUGGUUGACUUAUAUGUUAGCAAGGGGUGGUAGUUAGGGCAUGUGUUGAAUUUUUUGUGGACAGGGGGGGGGGGUUAUGGUUUUGGGGGUUUUAGGAAAAAUGGCAAUAAAUUUCUUUACAAAGUGAGAAAUGGCAAGAUCUUUCUUUACAAGACAAAAAAUGAAAAAAAAAUUUUAAUUUUUUAUUAAAAAUCGUAUUUCAGCCCUCAAUAUCGCCUCGAUCUCGAGCCGGCAGCCGCUCCCAGGUCUCACCACGAGAAGCCUCGUCUUCACAUACCUCGAAUGUUAUCAAUCCAGCUUCAUUACAAGUGAAAGAGUGCAAAAUUGAAGUAUCAAAAACCGAAGUUGCUCAAGUUGUCGGCAACAAGCAACAACAACUAGUGAAAUCUGAAGGGAAGGCAACCCAAAAAGGCACUGAACUCAAAAGUGGUGCUGCUACUGGUACUGGUAUAUUAAGUGGUACUACUGGAACAAUUUUGCCAAGUGGUACUACUGGUACUAUCUUGACAAGUGGUACUGUUGGUACUAAAACAGGUGCUAUUACUACUGUUGGCACUAAAAUUGAUGCAAUUGGAACAAUUUUGAUGAGUGGUACUACUGGUACUAAAAGUGGUAGUACUGGUACAACUGGGCCUAAUAUGGGUACAACUGGUACCAAGACACCUUCAGAAGCUCAGGAAGGUAAAGUUAGACGUGGAAGCAUUGGAAAUCAGGCAAAAAUGUCACAAGGUGGUACUAUUGGUACUAUGAGUGUACAGUCUAGUACUGGCAACGCUAAAGCUGGACCUCCUAUCACUAGUGCAGGAAAAAUUGGACAAUCUGGUACUACGGGAAAAACAUCACACUCUGGUACUGGUGGAUCGAAAGCUGGGCUUUCUGGUAAUGCCGGAGCAAAAUCUGGGAUUUCUGGUACCUCUGGAGCAAAUGUUGGGCAUCUCGGUACUAUUAGUGGAAAAUCAGGACAAUCUGGUACUAGUGGCAACAUAAGUGGACUUUCUAGUACUAGCACCGAUUAUUCUGGACCAUCUGUAGCUACUGGACUUAAAAUUGAUUCGACUGGUACUGAAAAACUGAAGCUUGAAAAUGACGUAUCAAAACCGAUGCCAAGUCAGCCGAAAUCAAGGAAAAAUGGUCCUAUAGCUAUCCAAUCAGUACCAAAAGAACCAACUCAGUACCAGCCGAAAGAUCGACCAAUCCCUUCUCCAAUCAAGCUCUACCCAUGUCCGGACGAACUAAAGGAUACUCGCUUUGAUGCUCAAGAACCAACCGAGUCAACACUGGAUAAGUACGAUGAGGAUCGCUCGUACAAGUCAACCCCAACUCAGGUCGAGAGCCCAGUCCCUUUCCCCGAGCCUAAAAGAAGAACCUCGUCGAGACAGUCGAGGCGAACCACACGACAGUCGAACACACCAAACAGUCUGACCGAGAGUCCAAGCACUUCCAGCUGCACGUCACCAAUUCCGGUGGGAGAAGGUGAGUGUUGGCUAGAACUUUCUUUACACUACACGUGGGUAGGGAUAGAGAUAGGGGUAUGAGUAGGGGUAGAGGUAGGAAUACAGGUCCGGGAUAAGGGUAGGAGUUGGGGUGAUAAAUUUUUUUAGGGGCGGGUAAAAAAAUUUUACGGGUGUGGUGAAAAAUGGGGGUGAUUAAAUUUUUUUUUGGGGUGGUGAAAAUUUUUUUUGGGUAUGGUAAAAAAUUCUUUUUAAAAUUAUAUUUUUGGGGGUGGUAAAAUUUUUUUUUGGUGGGGAGGGGGGGGGUUAAAAUUUUAUGAGUAGCAAAAAAAUUCUGUGCUGAUAAAGCGGCAGGGUUAAAAAAUGUAUGAGUCUAAAUUUUUUUUAAAUUUUACAUUUGAAACGAGAAAUUACGGUAAAAUUACAUUGCUUCCAGGUACAAUGGUAACAAGACGAAAGGCGGCCGAAGCUGCAAUGGCCACUCCCACAAUGACUACACGAUCGAAAAGGAAACUUCAGGCUUCAUAA